UUCGGAUCAGUUCCUCUCUUUCUGCGCAGGCGCCGGGUGGACGGGCGGGGCUGUUCUCGGGAGCGGCGGGGCCCCGCAGGAAGGAGGUCGAUCAUGGCCGCCUCCAUGAUCUGUACGCGGGUGGUCGCCGCGGCCGCCCGGCAGCUGAGCGGGUGCCCAGGUGGCAGCGGCCACGCGGCUUUGAACGCUGCUGCCAAGGUUAUAGGUGGAAAUCCAGUUUUAUUUAAUAGACGUGUAUUUCAAGUUCAGCAACGAAGGAACUUAUCACUGCACGAGUACCUGAGUAUGGAAUUACUGAAAGAUGCUGGCAUUUCUGUUCCAUAUGGAUUGGUUGCACAGACACCAGAGGAAGCUUACAACAUUGCAAAAAAAAUAGGUGCAAAGGAUCUUGUUGUAAAGGCACAAGUUUUAGCAGGUGGCAGGGGAAAAGGAACAUUUGAAGGUGGCCUUAAAGGAGGAGUGAAAAUAGUUUUUUCUCCAGAAGAAGCAAAAGAAAUAUCCUCAAAAAUGAUUGGAAAAAAGUUGUAUACCAAACAAACAGGAGAAAAGGGCAGGAUAUGCAAUCAAGUAUUUAUUUGUGAACGCAGAUAUCCCAGAAGAGAAUACUAUUUUGCCAUAACCAUGGAACGGUCAUUUCAGGGGCCUGUUCUCAUUGGCAGUUCUCAGGGUGGUGUCAAUAUUGAAGAUGUGGCUGCCGAGAAUCCUGAUGCAAUCGCAAAAGAACCAAUUGACAUUGUAGAAGGCAUUAAAAAAGAACAAGCCAUCAGGCUAGCCCAGAAAAUGGGAUUUCCUACUAAUUUAGUAGAUGAAGCUGCUGAAAAUAUGAUUAAGAUAUACAACCUUUUCAUUAAAUUUGAUGCCACUAUGGUAGAAAUAAAUCCAAUGGUUGAAGAUUCAACAGGGAUUGUGAUGUGUAUGGACGCAAAGAUAAAUUUUGAUAGCAAUUCGGCUUAUCGUCAGCAGAAAAUCUUCGACCUGCAGGACUGGACCCAGGAAGAUGAGAGAGACAGGGAUGCAGCAAAGGCAGAUCUCAAUUACAUAGGAUUAGAUGGAAGCAUUGGAUGCCUGGUGAACGGAGCUGGUCUGGCAAUGGCUACAAUGGAUAUAAUUAAACUUCAUGGAGGCACUCCAGCAAAUUUUCUUGAUGUCGGAGGUGGUGCUACAGUGCAACAAGUAACUGAGGCCUUUAAGCUUAUAACUUCAGAUAAAAAGGUUCAGGCUAUUCUAGUAAAUAUUUUUGGUGGCAUUAUGCGAUGUGAUGUGAUUGCCCAAGGCAUAAUUAUGGCAGUAAAAGAUUUGGAUCUAAAAAUACCUAUUGUUGUACGGUUACAAGGUACACGAGUUGACGAUGCCAAAGCUUUAAUAACAGACAGUGGUCUGAAAAUACUUGCUUGUGAUGACUUGGAUGAAGCUGCUAAAAUGGUUGUGAAGCUUUCUGAAAUUGUGACCCUAGCAAAACAAGCCCAAGUAGAUGUUAAAUUUCAGUUGCCAAUUUAGUCCAGUAUGUAGUUAAUAUCCUAAUCCUUCAUCAUGUUUUUUUUUUCUCUGAAAUGCUUUUCUUCUCCCCUUUCCAACUUUUAUGUGUGUCUGCAUUUGAUGUGUAGUAGUGUUAAUGUCCACAUAUAGGUUUCACUUUUCUAUGAAUAGAAUGUUUAUUGUAAAAGAAUGGUUUGAUGCUGAUUACUUAAGUUGCAGAUCUUAGUUCCUUAAAUUUCCAAAUGCAAACUGAGCAGUUCUUAAUAUAUCUGUUGUAAACAAAAAAUACAGAUUUGUUUUUUCCAAAUAUAAGUUUGAUGUGAAUAGAAUUUUCCCUUUGCCUUUCUGAUAAUUAACCAGGUGAUAAGACUGUUGAGAGUAGAUAUGAGCAGUUACAAUUGCACCAUUCAACAGCAAUUCAGGAAGCACAAAAAUAUUAAAAUAUUAUGAUUGGCAAAUAGUGGUAAUGCAUUGAAGAUAUUUAUAUUCUGCAGUACACUGAAUAAAUGGAGCAUUUCACUUAACUAGUUAUGGACAGUAUAUGUCUCCAGUUAUUGUUUUCUAAAGCAACUACUCUAUGAAAACAGUAACUUAACCACUACAGCAAAUACUGUAACAUUUAAUUUUUAAUUUCUGGUACCAUGGAGUUUUCUGUUUGUAAACAAAUAAAUUUAUUUAUCUUAGUGCUAAGCAGACAUGAUAUAAAGUAAUAAAGUUUUUAAAAGCUCA